UCCCCGCCGCCCGCCCUCCCUCCCUCCGCCUGCAUGGAGAGAGCCACGGAAUGGCGGAGCGAGAGAAAGGAGCCGCAUCCCCGCCCGCCUCCUCCCCCUUCUUGGGGCUGCACCUCGCCUCGCCCCCCAAUUUCAGGCUCACCCACGACAUCAGCCUUGAGGAGUUUGAGGAUGAAGACCUCUCUGAGAUCACCGAUGAGUGUGGCAUCAGCCUACAUUGCAAGGACAGCCUGGCCGCUCGGGGCCGCGUGAGCCGGGCGGCCAGCGCGGCGCGGGCGGCGGGCGGCGGGGAGGGAGGCCGACUGCAGGCCGAGAUGCUGCAGCUCGACCUCAUCGACGCCGCCGGGGAUGCGCCGGCUGAGGAGCAGACGGCGCCCGAGCCCCUGCAAAAGGAGCCGCCGCCCGCCAGCACCGACAGCUACCGGCCCAAGCGCCCCACCACGCUCAACCUCUUCCCGCAGGUGCCUCGCAGCCAGGGACCCCGAGGAGCCGGUGGCACGUGGGAGCCACAUCCAGCUGGGGGGACGGGGACGGCAAAGGCCCCCCCCGGGCAGCUGGUCCCAACCAGCGUCCAGACCUGCGGAGAGGACACCCUGAAUAACAACUCUCUGGGGAAAAAGCACAGUUGGCAAGAGCGGGUGUCCCGGUCAUCGUCCCCUCUGAAGACGGGUGAACAGACCCCUCCCCAUGACCACGUUUGCCUGAGUGAUGAGGUCAAUCACCAAAACAGCACAACCUCCACCAAAGACCGGGGCACAUCCACGGAGAGCCCAUGCCGGCGCACGGCAGCCACCCAGAUGGCACCCGCCUGCGUUGCCUCAUCCCGGCCCCCCGAGAAGCACCAGGCUGCCAGCCGACCCCCACCCCACGGUGCCAGUGUGGUGGUGGUGACGUCGAGGGCUCCCGAGGCCCACCGGGACCGCAUCCGCUACCAGACAGAUGUGAGGCUGGAGGCCACUGAGGAGAUCUACCUGACACCUGUGCAGAAGAACUCAGACCCGCUGGAGACCGAAAAGCCGUUCCUGUCACAGUCCAGUGAGAACCGUAUGUCUAUCAGCUCCGAUAUCGACACUUCCAGCUAUUCAGCCCUGGCUGGGAAAACCAACCCCUCCAUCAGUGAGGAGGAUGAGGUGCUGGACUACAUGUCCUCCCCUGACAAGACGAGCCUGCCCCGGGCCUCCUGCGGCGGUGGGAGCAGUGGCUACCGGCCAGGCCACGGCCUUCAGAGAGCAUCCGUGAGCUCGGACACCAGUGCCCUCUCCUACGACUCGGUCAAGUACACGCUGGUGGUGGAUGAGAACGUGCAGCUGGAGCUGGUCAGCCUCAAGCAGUGCUACUCGGGCUACAGUGAUGAGAGUGACUCGGCUACUGUCUAUGACAACUGCGUCUCCUCACCCUACGAGUCAGCCAUCGGCGAGGAGUAUGAGGAGGAUGCGCUGAAGCGUGACUCGGUCUGCCUCUCUGAGGACUCCACCCCUGAGGCGGACAUUCAUUUCUCCAAGAAGUUCCUCAACGUCUUCAUGAGUGGCCGGUCGCGUUCCUCCAGUGCCGAGUCCUUCGGGUUGUUCUCCUGCAUGAUCAAUGGUGAGGAGCAGGAACAGACCCACCGUGCUGUCUUCAGGUUUGUGCCUCGCCAUGCGGACGAGCUGGAGCUGGAGGUGGACGACCCUUUGCUGGUGGAGGUGCAGGCAGAAGAUUAUUGGUACGAGGCCUACAACAUGAGGACAGGGGACCGGGGCAUUUUUCCUGCCUACUAUGCUAUUGAAGUCACCAAGGACCCAGACCAUAUAACAGCUCUGGCCAAGAACAACGACUGGGUGGACCAGUUUCGAGUGAAGUUCCUUGGCUCGGUGCAGGUUCCCUAUCACAAGGGCAAUGAUGUACUGUGCGCGGCCAUGCAGAAGAUUGCCACCACACGCCGCCUCACUGUGCACUUUAACCCACCCUCCAGCUGUGUUUUGGAGAUCAGCGUGCGUGGGGUCAAGAUAGCUGUGAAAGCCGAUGACUCCAAGGAGCACAGCAAGGUAAAUAAGUGUAGCCAUUUUUUCCAACUGAAGAACAUUUCCUUUUGUGGAUACCAUCCAAAGAACAACAAAUAUUUUGGGUUCAUCACCAAGCACCCUGCUGACCACAGAUUUGCCUGCCAUGUCUUCGUCUCAGAGGAGUCCACGAAGCCACUGGCAGAGUCUGUAGGGAGGGCUUUUCAGCAAUUCUACAAGGAGUAUGUGGAGUACACGUGCCCCACGGAAGACAUCUACCUGGAGUAGGGGCUGGCACGGGCACCUGCUGCACAGCCAGGGCUGCAGUCUCACCCCUUCCACGUCAUGCAUGGAAAAGAGCUGCUCUGAGAUUGGAGGAGAAGCAGGUCCAGGGAACUGCUCCCAGGGUCCUGUGCUGCCUCUUCAUGGCUCCCCUUCCUCAGGCUUGGGGGAUAGGGAGGGGGGAGGGCUGGACAAAUCGUGUUUAUUGUAAAAAAUAUUUAGUUUAUUCUAUUUGAGAAGUGCCCACUGUCUGCCCAGCCUGAGUGCUGGAAGGGUUGGCAUUCUCCAGCCCUUCCCCACUGCAGGCUGGGGUGAAAAUGUCUCCUUGCUGUGACCAUGGCUCAGCUUCCCAUCACAUCCCUCAGGGGUGACUUCUAACGCAGUGGCAGAGUCAGAUUCUUGCAGGAUGAAGACGCAGAAGCUACAGCCAACAAGAACUAUAUGAUGUCUCCUGCCAGGGCAGAGACCAUCACUUCCCUGCCUGGCCCUGGGGACAAGGCUGCUGGGCAGGAAGGACAGAGCCCAGCAUCUCUUCUUCGAGUGCCAGAGAAAGGAUGAAUGAGCUGAGACAGUUCACCCCUGCCUCUGCCCACAUCCCUCCUCUCUUGUAUCUGUGCCCUGGGGAGAGAUUCCCUCCUACCUCUGCAGUGACCACACCAUGGGGAGGGAAGCGUUUCUGUCCUUGUCCCCCUCUAUCCCCUCCAGCUGCAGGUGGCAGAGGCAGGACAGGGCUGAGCCACCCCACUGCAGUGGUUCUCAGCCCUUUGCAGACUGGGGUGCCUGCCAGAAAUGGAGCAGGGAAGGGCUAAAGCCUGCAGGGAGCUGUAUGCAGCUCCAGGGAGGUACAAAAGCUCUCCCGGUCCCUGCAGCCAGCGGUCUCCGUGCUUCAGCUGGAUCUGCUGUGAUGGCAACAACUAUUAAAUAUGAUGGUUCAUGGA